AGGAAGUCAUGUGAGGGCUUUUAUUCUGCUGUGGCAGUAAGUUAGCUGCUCUCAUCCUCUGCUUCCCGCUUUCACUUGAGUGUCGCAGACAGCAGGUCCUAUUAUUUUAUAAGUGAUGCUUGUGAUGAGAGUCCGCCGCGGAAACACAUUUUAGGGCGUCGUCUUGUCUGUAAACAAUACAAGUGACGAGCACAAUCUUUUGGAUGAAACAUUAAUACAUUUAUUCAGUCAUACACUUACUGAACUGUCAUCUAAUGAGACGUUCUCUUUAUUCACUAAGCUUUAUUCGGAGACCAGCGUAAUUUAAGGGUUUUUUCGGAAAUACUUAGAAAAAAUGAACACAGAAAAGGAUUUUUCUCCAUUGACACCAAACAUUGUGAGAGCUCUCAACGACAAACUGUACGAGAAGAGGAAGGUGGCAGCUCUUGAGAUUGAAAAGCUUGUACGGGAAUUCGUCGCCCAGAACAACUCUGCACAGAUCAGACAUGUCAUCCAGAUACUGGCCACAGAGUUUGCGCUCUCCCAGCACCCUCACAGCCGAAAAGGAGGCCUCAUUGGGUUGGCGGCGUGCUCCAUUGCCCUGGGAAAAGAUUCUGGAUUGUACCUGAAAGAACUCAUUGAUCCGGUUCUUACAUGUUUCAAUGAUUCUGACAGCCGUCUGCGCUACUACGCCUGUGAGGCCCUUUACAAUAUAGUGAAAGUUGCCAGGGGAGCAGUGCUGCCCCACUUUAAUGUGCUGUUUGAUGGGCUUAGCAAGCUUGCUGCAGAUCCUGAUCCAAACGUAAAGAGUGGAUCUGAGCUCCUGGAUCGGCUUCUUAAGGACAUUGUUUGGAUGAAACAUUAA